AUGUCAGAGAACUUGAUCACCACUGCGAUCAUCAAGGUGUUUGAUGACGGACAUCAUCCAGAGCUUUGUCGUGCACUCCUUGACACAGGAUCAUCCGCCAACUUCAUUACAAGUGACCUCGCAUCAAAAUUGAGCCUGAAGAAAAUAAAGAGUGCUAUUCCAGUGGGAAGCAUCAACGAAAAUACCACGAUAUCCCACCACUUCAUCUCUGCUGUGAUUCAAUCGUGCAUCAAUGACUUCAAGCGGGAGCUUCAGUUCCACAUUGUGCCCAUCAUCUCCAAGCGUACCCCUGAUCAGCAAAUACCUCGACAUCUUUCGGAUAUUCCUAAGAAUCUCAAAUUGGCGGAUCCAGACUUCCAUAAACCAGCAGCAGUGGAUCUCAUCCUUGGGUCAGGUAUUUCAUUGGCAGCUCUGAGUGGCGGACAAAUCAAAUUGUCGUCAACUUCAGAGACUGAUCUCAUCCUCCAAAAAACUGUGUUCGGUUGGGUCAUCGGUGGUAACGUCCCGAGCAAGAGUUGUCAAAUUACAAGAUGCAAUCAUCUAUCACUCUUAGAUGAAGUCAAAAGAUUCUGGGAGAUUGAAGAUGGGCUUCAAUCUCAUGAAUCCGACAAACAGGACAAUUUGUGCGAGGAACAUUUCCUCAACCAUGUGACCGGGAAUGAGGAAGGGCGAUACGUGGUCGCUCUUCCCUUCAACAACAAGGUGCAUCAACUCGGUUGCUCUCGCAAGCAGGCGGAACAGAGGCUCUACGGACUGGAACGACGUUUUAAACAGAAUCCAGAAUUCAAGAAGCAGUAUUCAGCAGUACUGGAAGAAUAUCUACAACUAGGACACAUGAAGAAGGUGGAGAACGAGAUAGAAGAGGGCUUCUAUCUUCCACAUCAUUCAGUGAUCAAGGAGACCAGCCUGACCACGAAGGUACGGGUUGUGUUCGAUGCUUCUGCCCCGUCUAGUUCCAAGCUGUCUCUUAAUAACGUGCUCAUGAUCGGGCCAACCAUCCAAGAUGAUAUCUUUUCUCUCAUCUUGCGAUUCCGACUUCACAAUUAUGUUUUAACGGGAGACAUCGAGAAGAUGUACCGGCAGGUACUAGUGCGUCCUGAAGAUCACAAAUACCAAAGAAUUCUCUGGAGAGAUAACGACAAUCAGCUGACAGCCUAUGAACUCCAAACAGUUACCUUCGGGAUUGCCUCCGCACCCUAUCUCGCUGUGAGAUGUCUUCAGCAGUUGGCCGAAGAUGAACAGCAGAGAUAUCCAACUGCAUCAAGAAUCUUGAAACGAGAUCUCUACGUCGAUGAUGUGCUCACUGGUGCAGAGACUCUUCAAGAAGCUAUGCAACUUCGCGAUGAUUUGAUGUCGCUUCUGAAAUGUGGUGGUUUUAACCUUCGUCAAUGUGCUUCGAAUCAUCCCGAACUUCUUCAAGGACUCCCGGAGUCCAGUGUGAACUUGCAAUUACUCCACGGCGGUGAUUCAACCUUGAAGACACUAGGUGUUCGAUGGGAUUUCAAUCGAGAUGAAAUCAUCUAUUCAGUGUGUCCUAUUGCCACGAGGAUAAAAACAACAAUGAGGACAAUUUCAUCGGAUAUCCCAAGGAUAUUCGAUCCUCUCGGAUUAUUAAAUCCAGUUGUGGUUCAGGCAAAACUUAUAAAACAGGAUCUGUGGCGCCUCAAUCUUAAUUGGGACGAAUCCGUGCCUAAGAACAUUGAGACAACCUGGCAGGAAUUUGCUCGUGAUCUCCCUCUUCUCAAUAAUUUCGCUUUUCAACGCAAGGUGCUCCAAAACAGUGUCAAGGAGCUACAAAUACAUGGGUUUUGCGAUGCAAGCCAGAAAGCUUAUGGUGCUUGCAUUUAUGUUAGGACAAUCUCUAACAACGACCAGACGAGUUCCCAAUUAUUCUGCGCCAAAUCACGUGUGACUCCGUUGAGAAAUCCCCAAUCAAUUCCGCGAUUGGAACUAUGUGCUGCUCUUUUGCUUUCUCAAUUAUACUCGACCGUCUGUAAAACCAUAAACACAAACAUAAACCGUGCUGUAUUCUGA